AUGGCGCCAGACCCCAAGCGUCGCGUUUCUGGCCAACAUCCGCCUUUCACGCCUCAUCAUCCGCUGCUGGGUGUUGGAGCGUCAUCUUCGAGCACCGGUGCAGGCAGUGUGGCCAGCCGAAUUGGAGAUUUCGAGCAGCAGCAGCGAGAUUCCGUCGCUCGGAGGCUAGCUCCAUUGCCGAACGGUGGAGGACGGAGGAGCAGCGAGCCUGCCAUUCAGAGGCCUGCUGCUUCGCCUUCCUUGCUAGCACGCAAAGUCAGCGCCGAAGCGGAUGGCGAAACCAGGAUACCAUCGACUUUCGCCGCUCGAUGCGGAACAUCGCCAGUCGAUAUGACGAGGAAAAAUGCUGCAGUCAGGCAGCUGAGUGGUCCUCGACCGCUGGACGAACCUGCUUACGACGUGAAACACGGCCAGCCAGGUAGAACGAGGAGCAUCGCUCCAGACCACAGCCGCCCUCGAUGCGAGUCGAACGAGGCGAGGACUGCUCAUCAGCGCGUCCGCGACUGUCCUCCUGUGCCCCAAGCGCGCGCGAACCGACCUUCGCAACCGCGUCCAGGGGUAGAGCGAAGUUAUACGCAAGGCUCGUCAUCCACCACACCGGGAUACUACUUGCCACCCCCAGGCUACAGCGGAAAUGACGGCUCCUUUCGAAGAUUCCCUCCAGACUUUCCAAUCUCAGGCGAAGACUUCGACCAGAGAGCGGGAACAUGGAAGCAGCAGCCAAGUGGCGCUUGGACGUGGACAUCCAUACUCGACCAGGGUAUCCUUCCAAGUUUGACGCACAGCGAUUGGAGCUUACCUCAAGCCAAGCAGAUUUUGAGCUCCUGGGCAACAUUAGCAACGCUGCUCGCGGGUACUCAGACCACUUUGCUCGGCUACUAUAGGCAGUCCAAAGCGCUGGACAAUACCGUUACCAGUUUGGUCUACGCCGCCAUUGUUCUUGAUGUGUGGGGCGCCCUCUUGGCUGUGGUGACCAUCAUCUGCUCCAUCACUCUGCAAAGUCCCGAGGCUUCGAGUCGCAUCAACCUCGGCGCAGGAACUGAUGGAGGUCUAGCGCUAGGCCCAUUAGGUCUCCCUCGAUUCGCCUCCACUUACGCCUCCGACGAUCCUUUUCCCUCCAGAGCGUCUCGCAGCGCGCUCGAAAAAGUACGCACACCACUGAGCAGCCGGAGUCUCUGCAUCUUGGAUCGCUUGACAUAUGCUUGCGGCUUGAUCAUACCCUUGGGCGGAUUGUGUGAGCUCAUCUCGCUAGCCAUAUUCAGCGUCAACCAGCUCAAACACACCACCGAGCCGCACGGCGCCCCUGCGCUGUUCAUCGCUUUGGGUCUGUGCUUUGCGCUGACUUUGAUCAGUCUCGCGACUGGAGCCGUCGCGGGUCAUCGCCACGAUCGGCACUACGAGCGCAACAAGCAAAGUUCUGGCAAGGAGGACGACGCUGAUCGGCCGGGCAGUGGACAUGCGAGCGCAGAUUGGAGGAAUCGUCGCCAUCAUCACCAGCAUCACGAUAAUCGCCAAGAAGCCGAAAGACGGUAUCCUUGGAAUCGAAAUGGCAAGAUUUCAUCACCCUCUGCAGUUGCAGACGAGGAGACUCUCCAUGACCCAUUCGAUGAAGAGAAGGGCUUGCUGUUCAAUCAGACAGGGCCCAUCUGA